AUGUCAUCGUCCGAACCAAAGAUGAAAUCCCAGAAAAAAGAGCGGAAAGGCGAGAGGUUCGAGUUGUUUUUACAAAACGGAAGUACCUUGUUACAACAACUCAUAGCCGAUUGUAACGGUAAAUCAAAUCCCAUCCGUGACUUCUCACUGGAUCAAAUCCUCAAGGCUACAAAUAAUUUCGAUCCAUGUCUUCAAGUUUUUGAUUGCUGGCAUUAUACCUGGUACAAGGGUGUGAUUGAUGACAGAAACUGUAUGAUCAAUAGAUUCUCAGACGGAGAGAUCUUAGGACUCGGAGAGGGAGAUGCUUACAAUGACAUGGUGAUAUCUGCUCGGGUAAGCAACCACAAAAACUUCCUCAAACUGCUAGGAUGUUGUCUCGAGUUUCCGCUUCCGGUUCUAGUAUUUGAUGGUGCAGAAAAUGGGGUUCUAGACCAGCAUGGAGAUGCAUGUAACGGGAAUAAUAAAAUGGUGCUAUCUUGGAACCAAAAGUUAAAGAUUGCAAAGGAGGUAGCCAACGCUGUGACUUGCCUUCACACAGCUUUUCCUAGGAUCAUUGUUCACAGAGACAUAAAGCCGAUGCAUAUUUUCUUGGACAAGAAUUGGACUCCCAAGUUGUCUGAUAUGUUGUUUUCGAUUUCACUCCCUGAAGGAAAAACGCAGAUGGUAGAUAAAGUUAUCGUGGGAACAUUCGGAUACAUGGAUCCAUCUUAUCUCAGCACACGUUUAGUGACGGAAUAUACAGAUGUCUUCAGCUUUGGAAUCCUUUUGUUGGUUCUUCUGAUUGGAAAUGGUAGAGCAGCUGUGUCCGCGGGCCCUGAUAGCCAAUCGGUCGAUAUUCUUGGCUAUGUGAAAAACGUUUAUGUGACUAGUGAGAUGGAAAACAUUUCAGAUGAAAGAUCACGUAAGAGAGAGGUGGUUGAGCUAGCGCUGAGAUGCUGUGAGGUUUUGAGAGAAGAUAGACCAACGAUGAUCCAUGUAGCAAAGGAACUUGACCGGAUCGAGAAAUCAAUUAUGUGA